AUGACAAUGAUGAUGAGAUCUUUCUCGAUGGCAAUGUUGAUCGUCGUGGCACUACUUUCAUUCAUCUCUUUGGUUUCUUCAUCUCCUGAAGCAGAGUUUGUUCAGAAGACCAUCUCUUCCCACAAGAUCGUCAUCUUCUCCAAAUCCUACUGCCCGUAUUGCAGGAGAGCAAAAUCGGUGUUCAGUGAGCUUGAUCAGGUUCCUCAUGUUGUAGAGCUUGACGAAAGAGAAGAUGGGUGGAGCAUACAGAGUGCACUUGGAGAGAUUGUUGGAAGGCGAACAAUACCACAAGUUUUCAUCAACGGAAAACACAUCGGAGGAUCAGACGAUACUAUAGAAGCACAUGAGAGUGGGGAACUGGCCAAGCUUCUCGGUGUUUCCACAAAAGCUGAACUCUAG